UUCUAUCACGAGCAACUGAUCUACACUUGUCUUGUCCGUUCUUGCUGCUACCAGAGGCUUGCAGGUCUCAGGUGAAAAGAAGAUUGAACAAAGAAGAAGAAGAAGAUCAAUGAUGACGGCUUCACUUCGUGAAAUAAUGACGACAAUAAUCAAGCUGGUAUUGGUUGGUAUGAUCUGCUUUUUUAUGAGAGCAGAUGCUUCCAAAGAAACGUCUUGCGAUGCUUAUCAAGUUCUGAAUGUGCGAUUAGCAACCGGCAACAAUGCAUCUGAAGGGAUCGUAGAGGUAUGUGUAAACGGAACCCGUGGACACAUUUGCGGUGCAUCGUGGGACAAAGCUGAUGCCGAUGUAGUUUGCUCAAGUCUUGGUUUUACCAGGGCGCGAAGAGCAUUUAGCUUUUAUAGAGACGUGCCGGCUGAACCAGUCAGCGACGAGAUGGUUCUUUAUGACGUGACAUGCACCGGAGACGAAUCCACUUUGUUUGAAUGCUCGUAUCGAGUGAAUCUCACAGGAGGCUGCUACUUGGGAGAAAUAGCUGGAAUCGAGUGUUUACAGGAUAAUGGAGAUGUAUGUAUUCCUGGCUUGUGUCAUGGGGACAAAGAUAUGGAAGCAGAUUUCACAUGCAACCCACUGACAGAUGGAUGCUUCAUUUUGCCUUGGAAUGGUCAAUUACACUGUUCUUUUUACGACUUGGGAUUGUUCUCGUUGGAGUGCAUAAGCUGGGACGAACUUGGUUCUUCGCUUAGCUCUGAAGGAAUAAAAGAAGAAGAGCGUGCUGAGCUUCUUAACUUCGAUGGCAACGUUGUCCUCGUCUCAAUUGAUAGCAGAAUUUUUAGAGGAUUUGAAAACUUGCAUUUUCUCUAUUUUGAUAACAACAGCCUGACAGAAAUCCAACCUGGCAUGUUUGAAGGGUUGUCUUCUCUAAGAAUUUUAAAUCUAUCAUCUAAUGCUAUCAAUUACAUACCGAAUGGAGCAUUUGAUGGACUGGAAAGCCUGGUGAUGUUGGACUUGAGUUACAACCCCCUAUUUCAUAUAGACGACAAUUCACUUGGAAACUUGUGGAACCUUGAAUAUCUGUUCCUUAUUGACAUAUACCUACCAUCUUUGGAAGCAGGUAUAGCGCAUAACCUCUCUUCUCUGACGGCUGUAUCUGCAUCAGAUAGUAGGAUAUGCUGUCUUGUAUCGCGUGAGAUGAACAAUGUCAACUGUGCCAUGACAGCUCCCAAAAGCCCGUUGGACACGUGCGGUAGACUCUAUCCAAGCGUAGUGCUAAGAAUCUUUGGCUGGAUAAUAGGUCUUACCGCCCUGGUUGGAAAUUUCACGGUACUCGCUCUAAGAUUUCGUCUGGACCAGAAACUAACUGUCCAAACACUGCUGAUCAUCAAUCUAGCUGUUGUUGACUGUCUCAUGGGUGUUUACAUGAUGUUUGUAACCUCAGCUGAUGUUUAUUUUGGUGAUAAUUACUUUCUAAGAGCACCAUGGUGGCGAGAUUCAAUUGUCUGCAAAGUGGCUGGUUUUCUUGCCUUUCUGUCCAGUGAACUCUCUGUUCUAACAUUAACCUUGAUCACCCUUGACCGAACGAUAUGCAUAGUCUAUCCUUUUGGGAAACAUCGGAUGAGCUUCAAGGUAUCCGCGAUACUUCUAAUCGUUAUCUGGAUAUCCGUCUCAGUAAUUGGUAUUGCGCCAUUCCUCAUCAACUCCUCCGAUAUCUAUGGUCUCUCCGACGUCUGUCUUGGAUUGCCACUCCAUGUUGAUUCAGGGGAAACUGGCAUCUUACGUUUUCUAAGAGAAUCUGCCUGGUCUGAAGAAUUCAUUGUUGUGUACGAUGUGAUUAGCAGCGAAAUUAGACCAUCAUGGAUAUACUCCGUGGUAAUCUUCAUUGGAGUUAACAUGGUGUUGUUCAUAUUGAUGUUGGUCUCCUAUAUCGUAAUGUUCGUUGAAGUCAAGCGAUCCACUCAGUCUGUUGGAAACACUGCCGAGACCAGAGGGAGGGAAAUUAAGGUCGCCAGAAAGAUGGCGUUUAUCGUAGGAACCAAUUUUGCUUGCUGGAUGCCCAUAAUAAUCAUGGGUAUCCUUACUCAGACCGGGCUGGUGGUCUUGCCAAGUUCAUUGUAUGCAUGGGUCGUUAUAUUUAUUUUACCAAUCAAUUCAUCGAUAAAUCCAUUGAUCUAUACCUUUAUGAAUAUAAACGAAAAGAAGAGGAAACUUAAACAAAGUACAUCUAAUACCACAGUUACAACCAUUAGUAACUCGCAUAACAGCAGAAAGGAUACUUCUAUCUAAAGUGCGUGUAACUUGUUGUCUUGCGCCGACAACAGCCGCAUUUGAAAGAGAAGACGCCAGUUUAUGCAAGUCCAUGCGCUGUGAUUUGCUCAUUUUCCCUAUGCAUUUUCUUAACUUCUAAAGAUCAUAUAUAAAUGAAUUGAUCCGAUUGAUUCGGUCGAGUCCAAUAGUUUCAGUUGAAAGUCGCUUUAAUCUGUUUGCCCCCUCCUUAGCUUUGUUGCAUCUUCAUAUAUAGGCCUAUGCAUAUAGCGAUUCUUUCAAGGAUCUAUACUGAUGGUUAUACUGAUCAUGAUAAUGAAAAUUGUGUAAUGAUAGUAAUAAUAUAUAUCAAAUAUAUCUAGUAAAUAUAGUAUAUGAUGAGCCUUCAGUCUAGUAUCAGGGUACGCAUGUACUGAUCAUCAUUCUUUUUCAUAUUAUUAAUGUUAUCUUCAAAAGAUCAUAUUGUUGUCGCACCAUUUAUUGUAUCUUUGCUGUGUGUUUUAUUUGGGAAUAAAUAUGUAGUACAUACAAAAUUGUCUUGUUAUUUUGU